CUCACUGCUGAUCUGGCAGGAACUUUUAGUCACUCUGACAUCAGCUCUUCCGCUCAGGGUGCCUCCCUCUCAUGCUGGCUUGUGCUGGCCUGCCACAGGGGACCAGGGCAGACCCCAGCCACUGGGUUGGCCAGCCAGCUGAGGGCAUGCUGGAAGUCCACAUCAGGAGGGAUUGAUGUCUGCUGGUGGGACCAGUUCAAACAGCCCUGCAGGCCCAAGAGAUGGGGAUGGGGCAGGGGCAGGGGCAGGGGGCCUAGUCCACUAAGGAAGGAGCAUGUCUGGAUGGAAGAGCAAGGCCAAGACCCAGAACUUGAGUUCCCCGAGGCUGGUCCUGGCUUGGCUGUAAAGGGAAAGAGCAUUAAAGGAGGUGUUUUUAGGAUGGGGAGACCUGAGCAUGUUGGGUGGCUAAGGGAGGAGGUAGGAGAGGGGAAAAACCUGUCCAGGAGGAAGGUUACUUUGCCAGCCUCUUAGCCUGGACAUCCUCAUCCUUGUUCAACACCCCACCCUUUCUUGUCACUACCAAGUCUUACUGUCUUCCUCCCAUGUGUCCUGAGUCCAUCUUUGCUCCAGCAAGUACCCUGGAACAAGCCAUCAUUCCUCCUCCCCUGGACUAGUGUAGCACCUCUGACUGCCCAGCAAGCGCCCACUUUGGACUCCUGCCUGCAGCCAGAGUACUCUUUCUUCAAAGCUCCCAUGUGUUUUUUCCAACACCAGCAAGCAACUCUCAGUGGACCCUGACCAGGUGUCCUGCAAAUGUAACUGAAUUUUGACACUAUUUACCUAGAGAUAGCAUCACUUCCCGUAAGAGUGUCCCCAUGUCAGAUGCCAGUCACACGUCCAGGUUGUUACUUAUGCUUCUGACUGACCAGCUAUAAAUUGGAGGGUCAUACAACCCCCUCUUCAGGUUCGAUGAAUUUGCUACAGUCGCUCAUAGAAUUCAGAGGAACAUUUAAUUAGGUCUACCAGUUUACUGUAAAGGAUACAGAUGAACAGCCAGAUGGAGAAGUACAUAGGGCAAGGUCUAGAAGAGUUUCUAGUGUGGGAACUUUGGUCCCUGUAGAACUGGGGCACACCACCCUCCCAGCACCAGCUUGGGAGCACAUCAAAUCUGUACCUUCCCCUCUUCUGCCCAGAGGUUGGUGGGUAGGGCUGAAAGUUUCAGCCCUUUAAUGAUUUGGUCUUUCUGGGUUCCAGCCCCAUCGUAAGUCACCUCAUCAGCAUAAGCUCAAAAGGGGCUCCUUGUGAAUGACAAAGACACUCCUAUUAAUCAGGAAAUUCCAAGGGUUUGAGGAGCUCUGCACCAGGCACUGGGGACAAAGACCAAGUAUAUUUCUUGUUAUACCACAAAAGCAAAUCUCAUCUUGUCACUCCCCUGCCCAGAAAUUUUCAGUGAAUCCUCAUUACACCCAGGAUAAAACCCUACUCUUUCUGCUGUUCAUGGGAGUGCUCCCUGCAAUCCAGCUCCCCUGGGCGAGCAGUGCCCAUACUGGACCCUGUGCCUUUUACAUACUGUUCACUCUGCUUAAAUGCCUUUCCUCGUCCUUUACUGGCCAACGUGGUUUGUCUCUUGGCAUCCUUAUUAGGCUGUUAACUCAGCUAGCUCUCUCUCAAAGCCUUUCCUGACCAUCCCCCCCCCAUAUUCCUACAGUCUCUCUCAUUCAUACCUGUGCUGCGUGUCACCUCAGGUCUGCAGCUGUGUCUGAUUCUUCUGUGUACCCCCCAGCAUGGUGUGAGUAAGUGCUGGUUGAAUGGCUGAAUGAAUGGGGGGUCUCCUCCCUCAGGAUCUCGCUCCCUUCCCUCUGUGCCCACAGUCUCUCCCCUCCUCCCCGCUCCUUCCCUUGCUCCUCUGCUCCAGGUUUUCUCCAAUGAAGGCCAGUUCAAAUUCCGCUUUGGGGUCCGAGGGCGCUCACCUGGGCAGCUGCAGCGCCCCACAGGUGUGGCCGUGGACACCAAUGGAGACAUUAUUGUGGCGGACUAUGACAACCGUUGGGUCAGCAUCUUCUCCCCUGAGGGCAAAUUCAAGACCAAGAUUGGAGCUGGCCGUCUCAUGGGCCCCAAAGGAGUGGCCGUAGACCGGAAUGGACAUAUCAUUGUGGUCGACAACAAGUCUUGCUGCGUCUUUACCUUCCAGCCCAAUGGCAAGCUGGUUGGCCGUUUUGGGGGCCGUGGGGCCACUGAUCGCCACUUUGCAGGGCCCCAUUUUGUGGCUGUGAACAACAAGAAUGAGAUUGUAGUGACGGAUUUCCAUAACCAUUCAGUGAAGGUGUACAGUGCCGACGGCGAGUUCCUCUUCAAGUUUGGCUCCCACGGCGAGGGCAAUGGGCAGUUCAACGCCCCCACGGGAGUAGCAGUGGACUCCAACGGGAACAUCAUCGUGGCUGACUGGGGCAACAGCCGCAUCCAGGUAUUCGACAGCUCUGGCUCCUUCCUGUCCUACAUCAACACGUCUGCAGAGCCACUGUAUGGCCCGCAGGGCCUGGCACUGACCUCAGAUGGACACGUGGUGGUGGCCGAUGCUGGCAACCACUGCUUUAAAGCUUAUCGCUACCUCCAGUAGCUGCACAGGGGCCCUGCCUGGCUCGUGGAGGGACAGUCAUGGGGGGAUUGGACAAGAGGGUCUGGCCAGGAGGUGGGCCGGACCUGGCAGCACUGAAUGUGGGCUGUGGGCGCGGGUGCGCCCGGUGCCCUCCCUCUCCCCCUCUCCCCACCCCACGGUUGCACUUUAUUUAUUCGGUUCUUGCUUUGGUGACUGGGUGGGCCUGGACUGUGGUCCCAAGGAUGUGUGCAGAGCUUCACCCUACCCUCCACCCCUUACACACCUGCCCUGUCCCCUCAGUCUGCUCCACAGCCCCCAGCCUGGGGCCAGAACAGCCUCUUGCUCCAGGGCAGAAGUCCCUCUGGUUGUCUCCCUACCACCCUGUACACACUGACAGAGACAGCAAUACCCCACCCCCCAUAUUAAGUAAAUGUGUUCACCAAGA